AUGACAAAGACUGUAAUGGUGAGUUACUAUCUGCUCUGUUUACUAACUCUUGCACUCUGUUGUGCUUGUGGGUUAGUAUGGGCUGAUAGUCCUAAAGCUUCUCAUACCCUUAUUAAACCUUCCACUGUUGGUGUUCCUUCUCUUGUUCAUCAUGCUGUUCCUGCGGAGGAACCUCCUUGGUUUUCGUCUGAGGAUGAAGACCUUCAGGAGGAUGGGGAUAGACAACGAAGAAGAGAACAUGGGUCCGAUAAAGUAGGAAAAACAACAAUUAACAAGCCAUCAACAGUCUCUGGGUCAAUGGGAAGUGAAGGUUCUCUCAGUCCUCAAGAGAUCCCUGUUAAUUCCACAGUCCAGCAGCAACAUCCACCACCACCUCUUACGGUUGCUCCUCUGGCUUCUUCACAUAAUGGAGCAUCCGCUGAGGGUACACCAGGUGCUGUUGGUGUUGAUGGUCUUCCUGGUAGUCCUGGAGUUGAGCGGAGUGAUAUGUCUGAGAGUAGCAGACUGGGGAAAAGUGAUCUG